AUCAAUUUUGAAUUCUGACAGCGAUCGUAGAAAAUCGCGCACUUAGAAAAAAUAACAAAUAAUCAUAAUUUAGUGGAAUUAUCAAAUACAUUACUCAUUGAAUAAUAACUGUUAUGGUAGCAUACAUUUUAAUUCGUGUUUUUACAUGAACUGAUCAUUUUUAAGUGAUUUCAGCCUAAGGUAUUGUAGGCGAUGAUGUAAGAAACUGAAGGACUUUGUGUACAUUGCAUUUGUGUAUUGUUUUCCUGUGAAUUUUUGGUGAUAUCACGAUGGAUGGUGAAGAUAGUGGCAUUGUAAACCCUGAAAAAGACGACUAUGAAAGUAGUUCUCACUCAACACCUCAAGAGCACAAAUCUUUUGCGGAAUUUGCAAAAGAUAAGUUAGAUAGCGCUGGGAGAGAGCUUCGCAGACGUCUCCCAAUGGCAGGGCAACUCGGCGCUCAUCUGAUGCACCCAAGACGUCUACUCCUACAUUCAACACCUACACAGCAUACAGAUGUAGUGCUGAUAUUUCCCAAAGGCCUCCCUGAUGGCAUGUUACUCUGGCUCCUACAAAAGCUGCGCGGGAGUCGGCCGCGCUUGCGCGUGUGCGUGCGACAACAUGCGUCGUCGCAGUGCGGAGCGUUCUAUAUCACAGCUGAUGAUGAUGUGCUACUGCAAACCGCCGAAGAAGUUCAUUUACCGAAGCUGUUGAAGCCAGAAUUCGGCGGCGGCUACAAAGAGUUCACAGUGAGGGACAUGCAUUGCUUUCAAAAGGGUUCGUCAGCUACAGAAUUGUUGAAUUCACAAGAACGAGCUGCGCUAGUGAAACAUGUAUUGGAAUCAGCGCGAGCGGAGCCGGGUGAUGAACAUGCUUUGGAACCCGCUCUUACACUGCGAGUGGGUCAGAGCAUUGUGCCUGCUUGUGUAAGCAAAGGAGUCGUUGCCAGUAUGUUUCCUCUACACGAGCGGCAAUCCCUAGAGAAUUUAAGAAAGAAAUGGGUUAAGACUUUGUUCUCCCCGCAACCUUUAGACGAGAUAAGUGAAUACUUCGGUGUUAAAAUAGCAAUGUACUUUGCUUGGCUUGGUCAUUACACUCAAUCGUUAACAGUGCCUGCCAUUGUUGGAUUUGUAUUUUGGAUUUGGUUGGGUACGGCAAAUGAGACAUGGAAAGACAUUGCUUACGUAUUAUUCUCGUUAUUCAACGUUCUGUGGGCCUGCGUUUAUUUGGAGACAUGGAAAAGGUAUUCCAAUGUUCUGGCAUAUAAAUGGGGUACUUUAGACCAACGAGACGAAUUAUUAGUUGAGCCUCGACCUUUAUUUCAGGGAGAAAUGGGCACAAGCGUAGUAACGGGUCGGCCAGAGCCUCAGUAUCCUGCAUGGCGUCGUCGCGUGUGGCGCCAUUGUGUGUCGGUGCCCGUCAUGCUUGUCUGUCUGUCUGUUUGCGCGUGCGCCACCUUCCUGCUGUUGAGAGCUCAGGAAUGGUGGGAAACAAGGAUAGUGUACAUGACAUGGAUUCCAAGGGCAAUUUUAGCUAUAAUAAUAGCCGUAGAAGAGGAAGUAUAUGCUCGAAUAGCCAGGUGGCUCAAUGAUAAAGAGAAUUACCGUCUAGAAACCAAGUAUGAAAAUCAUCUGAUAGUUAAAAUAGCAUUGUUUCAGUUCGUCAACUCGUUCAUGAGUUUGUUCUACAUUGCGUUCUAUCUGCAGGACAUGGAUAAAUUGAAAGAGCAAUUGGCCGUUUUGCUGAUAACAAGACAAGUGAUAGGAAAUCUAAAGGAGUCUGCGUUGCCGUAUCUCAUCGAGAAUUUGAGGCUCGCGAAGAUUUGUGUUGACGUCUUUGGUGCCCUUAGUCCUAGUAAAAUACCUACAUCGGCCCAGCUAACAGAGUUAUUUGAAAAGAAGACCGAUUCUUCAGGGGAGCCGCCGGAAAACAGUUUGAUUAACGGCAGCACUGACAAGGAGAAUAGGAGAGAUUCCGAGCCAUUAGUUGGUCAGAAGGUCAUACAUCAGGCUGAAUUGGAGUCGCAGUUGUUCAAGUACGAAGGCACCUUCGCAGAAUACCUAGAAAUGCUGACACAGCUGGGGCACGUAGUUUUGUUCUCGUCGGCGUUUCCCCUGGCCGCGUUGUGCGCCCUACUGAACAACGCGGCUGAAGUUAGGGCGGACGCGUUCAAACUGUGCCACGUGGCGCAGAGACCCUUCGGCGAGCGGGUCAGCUCUAUCGGCAGUUGGCAGCACGCGAUGGAAGCGAUGGUGGGGGUGGCAGUGGUCGUGAACUGCGCCCUGAUUGGCCUGGCCGGGCCGCUGCACCGCCUGCUGCCCGACGCCGCGCCCGCCACCAGCAUGCUGCUCAUCGUGGCUCUCGAGCACGUGAUCCUAGUGAUCCUGCUGGCGCUCCGCAUCGCGAUCCCGGAGAUCCCGGGCUGGCUCGCCACCGAAAUGGCCAAGGUUGAGUUCCAGAGACGGGAGGCCAUCAAGAACUCUAACGCUCCGUUAUUGUCGGAGUGCCCCAGCCAAGAUGAUAUACGCUCCGUCCGCGGCUCUCCUCGCACUAUCACACCGACCACGCCCAAACAACAGCCCGAUAAGGGGAAGAAGAUAUUCAUUGGGAAGAUACCGGAGAUACCACCAUUCAGAGCUAAAGCUGCGUCCAUAACGGAGCCGACAGUGACCACCGGCUCACUGCAGCUGUUGCAAGAUGUUAGUCCUACGAAGCCGAUCCGACGUAAGGAGGCGGGCGCGCCGCUGUCGCUGCUGGGCGUGCGCGGGCUGCGCGACGAGCCGCUGCACCGCUCCGCGCACUGCCUGCCGCACCCCGCGCUGCCCCGCCCGGGGAACCCCGCGCUGCAGGAAGUAUCCGGCAGCGUGAGCGCGGGCGGCUCGGAGCCGGACCUGAACGCGGCGCCGGCGCGCGCGCCCGACGCGGCCUGCAGCGAGGACGACAAGCCCAAGGACAAGGGCGGCCGUUCCCGCGCCAAGGCUGCGUUAGUAAAACGCGUCCGCUCCGUGGCGGUAUUUUCUCUAGGGCUCCGCAAGGCGAGAGAGGCGGCCGCUAAUGCUGCGCAAGAGAGACAGGUUGGGACUCCCCAUACGCCUGAUAAGGCUUCUAUGGCUCCCCCCGCGCCGAUGCUUGGCGGAGAAUUGUCCCUCAUUCCCAUCGAACAGCUGAUUCAGGUGGAAGACGUCAAACCACGACCAUAAACACAAACACACAUAAUUAUAUUUUACUGUUUACUUUCAAGUGAGAAACGAUAAAAAAUGGGUGUUGAUUUUGCAAAAAAUAAAUGUGCAAUAACAGAGCAAAUUCACAUUUAUAAAUAGGAUAGUAAAAUGCGACCUAUCAUUUAUCAGUAAAAUAUUUCUCAGGUAACCCUUGAAGUAAAGAUAAACUAUAAUUGAGACGUUUAAAAAGUGCAAUAGUAUGACAUUUAAUCUAUGUUAGUAAAAAUUAAAAUUCUUUGUUUCUCAACAUUGCAUUCAAUAUAUUACUGGCGACAAAAAAACUUUCUAACGUGUCCAAAGCGUGAUUUCUAUAUAAAGAAUGAAGCUUUUUGUUCUAUAUGUGUAAAGACCCAUGCAUGCACAAAGGGAUUUACAAACUGAUAAUUCCUGUGUACAUUUUUUUUGCAGAAUUGACGCCUUGUGUCUGAAGUAAAAGUUAUGUAGAAUAAUAUUGACGCCAUUGUUUCUCAGAAACAUUUUAUUCUAUGAAGAUAUGAAGUGUUGCCACUUUAAAAAAAUAGUCAUGAUUAUUUAAUUGUUUCUUUAAUGAACGAAAUGAAAUAACGUAAAAUAACAUUCAAAGAUUGGCUUUAUUGUAUUUCAUAAAAAAAUAUUGUUAAUGUAAAAAUGUACCUAUUCAUAAACGUUAUACGUUGUAUUAGAAAAAUUAUCCCUUUUUAAGGUUGAACAAUAGAAUUUAGAUGCAAAUAAAACUUGUCAAACUAAAACAGAAUAGCUGAAGUGAAUGAAAAUACACCUUUAUUAUGUAGAGUACAAUUAAAAUGAUUUAAAUGGCACAAGAUGGUCAGGUUACUAUGAUUAAUAUUCACUUCAGCUAAAAUUAAAUGGACAUAGACAACGCCUAUACCUUAGACCAUAGAGAAAUCGUAUUCGUUUAAAUCAGUUAUUUGUAGCGUAAUUGUAUCGGUACCAAUUAGAAAGUUCUGUACGUAAUUAUGUUAAGGCUAACUUGUUUAUUAAAAAUGUACCUUCAUUUAUUUAUACAAAGUGGGGUGAAAUAAGUAUUGUUUUUAAUGGAAUUGAGUUUUUUUGCAAGAUAACGUAUUAUAAAGAAUGCCACAAAUGCCCACUUUUAUGGUAAAUAAAUGGCAAAGUUGGUAAAUACGUUGAUUUUAUAUGAGAAACCGCUGAGAAACAACCAUUUCUCAGUAUUUAACUGAGAAAUAUUUGUCAUUCAUGAACCUAUAUUUGUAAAUGAAGGCACAUACCGUUGCGUAAAUAAUAAGCGUUCAUUUAAGUACAAAAGAAUUGUCAGAAAAAGACCGCGAUAUGCGUAAUGUGAUAAUUGCGAAAGAGAUGUGUAACGAGAGUCGUCAGUAAUGAGAAGGAUUUUUGAGCAUUUUUAACGAUUUUGAAGAAAUUUUUAAUGUUGAUGUUUUAAUUUUCCAUGUGUGCAACUGUUGAUUAUUCGCAAUUUUAAGUAAUUCUGUUUUAUCGAUACUAAAGCAAUCGUCUUGACAAUAAUUUCCAGUUGCUGUUAAUUUGUUGAUAAAUUAAACAUCAAGUAGAUAUGUAAAUCCAUUGAGGUGUUUCCCUUUUUGCUGCUAAAUCGUCUAAGAGUGUAAAGCGUUAAAACAAAACUAACGCCCAACAAAUCUUGAAUUUAUAUCAAAAGAAAUCUGUCUUUAUCGUCCCGGUAUUGUAUAAUGAGCGGCAAGAAGAGAUAGCACUAUUAGUCGUAUGACUACUUAAAUGCUUUUCACUUUAUAAAUGUACCUUAUUUCUAUGACCACGUAAAAAAUGUUUGUUACCAUUUCCUCAAAGACCAUGUAAAAAGUAGAUAGUUUAAUGUCUCACUAAUCUUUCUAAAAUGGCUAGAAUAUUUCACUUUCAGUAAGUAAUAUUAAGUCAAAAGUCACAGAACUGAAAUAUAUAAAGGUAAAAAUAGUAAUAUGACUUUGCACUUCCAACUUGUAUAUUUUAUGUGAACGAAAAAGUGGAAAUGGAUAUGAAAACAAAAAAAAAAUUAUCUUUUACAAAAUCCGGCCACAUCGCAUAAUUAGAAUGCUUUUUGUUUUUUCAUUGAAAUAAUAACAAACAAAAUACUUUUUUAAUAAGUUAAAUUUUCAUUUUAUAUAUUCUGUGACUUUUGACACAACAAGAAGGAUAGAGUAUAAGCCUUAGAAAUGUGAUUUAAAAAUUAAAACAAAGGAUGUGAAGAGGCGAAAAAUUAUGAAAAACUUAGAUAGGGGUUAAAUAAAUUAUAUUUCUAAGGCUAUAUUUCGUUUGUUAUAGUAUACACUUAGAAAGUAGGAUAACUUUUCAUUACUCCCCUUAUAUCGAGGCAGCUAAUUAACGUGUAUAUUAUGCUUUAUACCCUUUUUUCGGUCGAAAACGUAUUUAUUGAUAAAGCCAGUGAUAUUUUGCAUAAGUCUAAUGAGUAAGUUCCAUUGAAUUUCGUAGUAAUUUUACAGUCUUUGCAAUUUAAUUGCUUUAUACGUAAUAUGCCCUCCCUAUAUAAUAAUAUUUAUAAUUUUAUCUAAACAACAUAAUUUAUCAAUAAUAUUUUGACCUUAGAGUUCUUCAUACUUAACUUAUAUCAAUUAAGUUUCCAAUAAUUGUUACUCUUAGGAAGCCACGAACAAACAUAGUCAAUUAUUACUCAUAAUAUCAUAUGUUUUUUUAAAACUAUUUGAUGUCAAAAGGGUCGUCUAAUAUUUUGGAGCAAUGAAAGUGUUUAACAAAAGUCCGUCUUACUUACGUAGAUAUCGUCAGUAUAGCCUGUUGAUAAAUAUCAAAUUAAUCUGUAAAGCGAAAAAUCCUUUUCUUUGAAGAAAUCAUCAUUUUUUACUUCUAUUUGGCCAAUAACAUCAUUGAUGUUCUCUCUCUUUUCUCCAUUCUUUCUCUCUCCGUUUAUAACAUUCACUGUUUCUGUUUAAUUAAAAAAUAUAUCAUGAUAAUUAACAGAAAUAACCAACGAGACUGCGUGAAGAGAGUUAUGAAUGUGGAUGAAGCAAAAAAAGUAUGCAGGGAUCGUGGCAAGUGGAAAAGUGUAGUCUAAGCCUACUCCUCCGGGCUAGAGGCGUGAUUUUAUGUAUGUAUGCGAUGCAAAUAUUAUCAACGUGCUAUAUUGUAUGAAUUGGGCCUUGUUUUAAAACCGCCUGCAAGUUUCUUGCCCUCAAAUUAUGUUUACAUUGGUGUUAAGACAUAUUGCGUACGUUUAGUUAGCUGUUGUGGUAAUAGUUAUAAUUGUCGAGAGAAAAUAAUGUAAAGCUUGGUACACAUUUUUAAGAUACCUCCUUUUGAAUUAGGUUAUUUCAGUGAUUUUAUUUAAUUUGUGCGUGUCAACAGUUAUUUAAAUUUCUGAAAAUAUCUUGGUAAUUAUAAUCCUUAAUUUAAUUCAAUUUAAGUACAAUAAAAGUAAGUGAAAUAAAAAAAAACGUUCCUUGAGCAAACAAGUUCGUUACGUUAGUUUGGUUAAAUAAAAGGUCAGGUCGAAAAUACGCUAAACUGACGAACUUGCAUUAAAAUAAUACUUGGUAAAUGUGAAUGAAUCAAAAUUAGUAUGCCAAGAUCGUAGCAAGAUGUCGUUGUCGGUACGUCGUAUGUAUGCCUAACCCAACAACAAGUUUUAUUUAAAUAUGUGUAUCAAGCGUAUUAAGUCUUAGUCCAAUAGUUAGAUCUGUAUUUCUGUGUAUCUGAGAAUGGGUCGAUUUCUGUCUUUCUUCGAUUUAAAAUGGUGCUAGUUUUAGCGUAAUUUUCAUCUAAAACACAUCUUGUUUUCUAAAGUCGAAACUUUUUUGCGUUUUGCAGUGAAUCUAAAAUUAGAAUUAGUUUUUUUUUCUUUAAUUACAAGAUGCACAGAAAUAUAAGAUUGGUCUUCCUAACAGUAUUGAAAUUAAGCCUAGCAAUACAAACAGCCUUCGUAAGAACUAGAUUCGUAAUUCAUAGUGUAACUUAACCAUAGUAACAGAUUAAAAUGGAUUUUUUAAUUUUAACUUGUCGUCUCUUCCAAUUAAGUUAGCUUUUAGCCUAGACAUUACUUGUUUAAUUUUUAGUUGGUCGUUGCAAACAGGGAAUAAGUAUUUAUUUAUAUUUAAUAAUUGUGUUAAAUAAUUUGUUCUCGUCUCGUUCUCCCCUAACCUUGCGGUUAGUGCGACUUUUACUCAAUCAAACGCUUUGAGUAAAGAUAUAUCAAUUAAAAUUAACUCUAAACAUUUAUAUCGGAAAUUAAGUUCCGAUAUAAAUGAUCAUCGGUUCCUUUGGUUUGCACCGAUCUUUUAAUAUCAAUUUUGUACAAAAAUAUGCAAAACAUAGAAUGUUCCUUCAAUGUUUUGUGUAAUUUCGAUAGUAUUUGUAAGUGCUUACAGCGAUAGCGGAUAUUUGUUGUUACGUAAUUAUUUUUUAUACGGAAAUAUUGAUAAAUGUUGCAUUUGAGUAGAUAAAAAUUGA